UCCUUAAGGAUUAUCAAAAUAUAAAAAAAAAAAAGAUAUUAAUUACUUUAAUUAAAGUUUAUAAUUUUUGAAAAGACAUAGCAAUUAUUUUUUACAAAAAUGAGUUUGUAAAAUCGAUAAAAAUACGAAAGUAUAAGUGAUUAUGAAAAUUAAACAGCACAAUAGAAUGAUGGAAGAAAAUCUCAGGCUAAACUAAUAGGCGUGAAUAAAUAUAUCAUAAUAGGAUUGGUUGCUAUUUCCAUCACUUUCUUUGUGAUGUUUAUCAUGAAUAAGGAGACAUAAGAUGAAAUAAAUAAAAAGAAGAUGAAGCAAUUAUCUGACUAAUACAAGGGAUUUAACAAAGGGCCAUAGAUUUCAUCAAGAGAAUAUAAAGAUAAAAAGAAUAAAUAAUAAAAUCAAAGUGAAUAAAAUAAAAAAGAAAAACAACAUUUUUUAGGCGAUGAUGACCAUAAUAAUUCAGAUUAAGAAUAAUAAGGAGAAGUUAAAAAAAACAACUAAAAAUAAAUGAAUUAAGAAGAGAAAAAAUAGUAAAAUGAAGAAAAAGAGGAUUAACAUACUUCUUAGAAUAAUUAAGGUGAAAGCGAAAGUGAAGAAAUUAUUGAAUAAGAAGAGACCAAAAAAAACAAAACAGAUACAACAAAAAAGAAGGAAGAUUAAAGUAAACCUUUAGAAAAUGAUAAAUAAAACCCAACUUUAAAAGAUGAUAAAGAAGUAAUAAAAAUGUAAGAUUAAAUUACUGAUAAUAGGUAGGAAAACAAAGUGUUUUUUUGUCCUAAAGCUUAAUACCUUUUCAAAUUAUCAUGCUUGGAUAGUUGUCCAGAAGGAUUUUAAUCUGACAAUUAUGAUCGUCUCUGCAAACCUAAAGAAAUUAGUCCUUUGUAGAUAGAAUUAAAAUACUAUGAUAAGUAGGAUGAGUAGAAUUCAGACUCAGAAAUUCAAGUCAAAUAAUAAAAUUUUUAUUAGGUGAUUAAAAGCUUAGAAUAUAUCAAGAAAGAUUAAGUAGAUUAUGGGUUCUUUUUCUUUAAUUAAAUCGAAAACGAUGGAUUUAAUUUUUUGAAUUCUCAUUUAAAUGGUAGAUAGUUAAAUAAUUUUUUGGAUAAUACUGCUUCUAUUAUUGUGGCUUUAGGUGGAGAAGAAAGCUAUUAUUUGGAAAAUGAGCUCGAAAUUAAAGACAUAGUUGAAAAAACUAUUUCAGACAAUCCUCAAGUUAAAAAGUGGUAUACUGUUGGUAUAUAUGAUGUAGGUAGUUAUGGAGCUUUAGUUUAUUUAAAUAAACUAAUUGAUUUAUUAGAAGGAACAAUAGUACUUAAUCCAAAUUAUAUGAACAUGAAAGAUGAUUUUAAUAAGAAAGUAGAUUUUUCAAAAUACAAAGAAUCUAAUAUUUUGGGUGUUGCCUAAUAAAAUUAAUAUUUAUUUCAGUCAAAAGAUAUAAUUAUCAUUGAAGAUCAAAAUAGUAUUUAUUUCUAACACACACAAAAUUAUUGUAAUUUUACGAAAUGUAAUAUUAUAAAAUACGAUAAUAGCAAAUUUAAAACUAACUCAGACGAAAAGAUUGAAUAACUACUUUUAGCAUAUAUCGAAUAAAUGAUUAGCAAAAAAAGAUCAACUUACAUAGAAAAUCUUUGA